AUGGGGAUAGCUGGUUUAUUAAAGUUGCUAUCCCCGGUUACCAAACGUAUUCAUAUCAGUGAAUACGCAAACAAAAGAAUAGCCAUCGAUGGAUAUUGUUGGUUGCACAAAGCAGUCUAUUCAUGUAGUCAAGAGCUAUGUAUGAAUAUACCAACUACAAAAUUUAUAAAUUAUUGUAUAUCAUUAAUAAAUAUGUUGAAACAGAAUAAAGUGAUACCGGUGAUUGUAUUUGAUGGUGGAGCUCUGCCCAAUAAGAAAGUGACAGAAGAUGAACGUAGAGGUAAACGUGAGCAUAUGAAAGCGAUGGCACACGCAUAUCUUAUGGAAGGCAACGCUGCAGAGGCGAAUCGAUGCUUUCAGAAAGCGGUAGAUGUCACGCCGACCAUGGCAUUCCUUCUCAUCAAAGUACUCCGUCAAAUGAACAUAGAAUACCUCGUUGCACCCUACGAAGCCGAUGCUCAACUUGCAUACCUCGCUGUCACCGGUCAAGUAGAUGCAGUGCUCACCGAAGAUUCUGAUUUAGUUGCAUAUGGUACACCAAAUGUAAAUAUAUAUCAAUUUACAUAA